AUGUCUUAAUUAGAUAACUCAAAUUCUAAUUACAUUAACUUAGAUCAAAAUCAAAUACCGAAAAUCAAUUAUCCUGAUUUAAGCAACUAUGUUCCACCUCAAUCAUAUAAUACUACAAUACAAGUAAGUUAGAAUUCAUUAGAUGAAUUAAAAUUGAAGAGAAUGAAACUCUUAUUUAAUUGUUAUAAAUACUAAGCCUUGUCAUUAUUGAUUAUAUUGGUUAUUCAAAUUAUUGGAUUAACGAAAUCUUUCAUGUCAAUACAAACGAAAUUCUCCAAAAUCAAAUUGGCUGGAUAUUAUUAUAGCUAUGAAGAAUAUCUAAAAUAUCAUUCAAACGCUUAAACAUAUUAAGAGUAUGAGGACUGGAGAUAGAACGAAUAUUAUGAAAUUUGCUAAGUGAGAUGGACAUUUUAUGUGACUAUUGGCUUACUGAUUUUAAACACUUUAGCAAUUCUGAUAGGUAGAAUUCAUCGCAACAUUGUAUUCCAUAUUGUAUAAACUUUAGGUUAAAUAUCAAUAAUCACUCUUCUACUCCUAAGCAGUGCUCAUUGGACUCCUCCUUGUUGGUUAUGCAGGUAAAUAUUGGGAAAACUAUUGGAUCCAUAAGGAUAUCUGUAAAUUAACAAUAACCAUCAUUUCAAUAUUGUUACUUAAUAGUUUAGUGAACCUCUUACUUAUUAAAAUAGAUAAACUAAACUACUAUACCAAGCUUACCAAUAAUAUAAUAUAUCUAUAGGUUCCGUUAAACUUUAUUUUGAUUUUGCUUUUGAAAAAAUUUGAUAGUGUGAUACUAAUUUUUGAAUCAAUAGCUGUUUAUGGAUUGUAUUACUUUAAUGAGCUCAAUCGUUCCUUAUUGUUGAAUCCAGAAGAGCUACCCCCUUUGAGGACUAUUACAACUCUGUUCGAGGAAGAAGUUCUAACCGAUAAUUAGUCAUAAGAAAUCGUGAAAAACAACCCAUAUUUUCUAACUGUUCCUAGAAGGAGAUUAGUGUUGGUCGUUGCAAUGUUAAGCAUAAUUACCUUAAUAAUUCUUAUAAUCAUAAGUAGAGAAUCCUACUUAUGUCUUCUAUUGGUACUUUUAACUAGUUUAGUUUUGGGUGUAUUAUUUGAGACAAAGGUUGCUUCAAGAGUAAUACAAUAAUAUAUUUUAAUUAGUCCUUGCAACAUGAUGAUAAUUUCAUUGCAGCCAGCAUGGUUUACAUAGAUUUGUUAUGUCCAAUCUAAAACUUGGUUAGAAGCAUUGGAAUAGUCCUAUGAUCAAUUAAAC